UUUUUAUUUACGUAAUAAUUCUGCAGCCCCAGUGCCUUUUGGGAGGAGCAUUUCUGCCCUCGGUAUAGUCUGUCAGGAAAAGCAUGCGCAGUUUCUCCAACCCAGGUUGAAUCCCCUGGCAGUCAGAACUCAGGGUAUCCCGGCCCAAAGUCUCAUACGUCCUCCUCAGUGUUCAAACGUCACCUUCAGAAGUUGCCACGAAUGCAAAGCGGCAUGAUGUGGAGGUUAGUGAGCUGCACAGUGUGCCUGUUUGUGUCCGCAGGGCUGAGUCUGUGGCCAGUUUCGGCCGCUGAAGAGGAGCUGGACGGAGAAGUGGAGACUGAAGUUUUAUUUAAACCAGAGGAGUGCAGUCAAAGGAGCAAGAGAGGAGAUCUGAUCAAUGCUCACUACGAUGGGUUCCUCGCCAAAGAUGGUUCCCAGUUUUACUGCAGUCGUACAGACAAAGAUGGACAGCCUCAGUGGUUCGUUUUGGGUGUGGGACAAGUCAUUAAGGGACUGGAUGAUGGGAUGAUGGGCAUGUGUCCUGGAGAGAAGCGAAAACUAACCAUCCCAUCAACCCUGGCAUUUGGAGAAAAGGGCAAAGGUCCAGUGCCUCCUAAUGCCACCGUGGUCUUUGAGGUGGAGGUCCUCUCUGUGUCCAAGGGACCACGCACCAUGGAGGCUUUUGGAAGGAUGGACCUCGAUAAAGACAAGAGUCUCUCAAAGGCAGAGGUGAAAGAAUAUUUGAAGCUGGAGUAUGAAAAAGGGGGGAAGCCGCGCGAUGACCCUUUCUACGAGAAGCUUAUAGACGAUAUCUUCUACAAGAACGACGGCGACAGAGAUGGCGCGAUCAGUGCGAAGGAGUAUAACAUUUAUCAGCAUGAUGAGCUCUAGCACUGUUUGUUUUGUUUUAUUAGUUUGUGUGUUAUUUAGAGAGGAAACUAAAGGGAAUACACACACACACACACUUCCACUGUUAGAUGUGUACACUUUUUCAGUCACUUUCCGUCAAACAGACUCACCACUUCUUCUUCAUCUGGAAGUUUCCUGUUUUUCCCGCAAAGCCUUUUGAACAUGUAAAUUCAGGCCUGCAGAAGCGAGCAUGUGAGGGGGUUUCUUCCUCUUUAGCGGUUAUUUUGACCCAUUUUGUCGUUGUAAUGAUUUGGAAAAUGUUUGCGGUGGAAAUAAUGGGCCAGUGACUUGUUACCUGUUUCCCACUGACGUGAAGCCAUUUCUGCCUUUGAGAACCAGCCCACAUCGUCACUGGUGUGAGUACCCUUCAUUCCAGUGUUUCUAGACCGUGUAAAAGAUGGACUUAGCUACUCUGAAAUCAGCCGUUGCUACUGCUGGUCCAUCUGCUUUUUUUUAAGGACUAAAAGUAUCCUGAAAUAUCAGCUUCAGUUUGGUGAUAGUCUGUGCAUUUUACAGCUUAAAAUGUUGACUCAAGAGUUUGGAAACCCCAUAAAUCUUAAUCUGAUCCAUAAUCAAUGGUCAGUCCUUGAAAAACCAGGUGGACCAGCACAAUCCCACACAAGUGUGAUCAGCCUGGAGCUCUUUGCAUAUUUGCCAAUAUAGUCUUUGAAAUUUAUAAAAGGCUAAUGGCUGCUCUUGACCAGAAACAAGUUAAAGCUGAAGCAUGCCCAUGAUUUCACAGGACCUGUCUUUGUGAAACCACAGGUAGCGCCCUCUGGUGACUGCUGAAACAAAUUCAGGUUUAAGGCACUUGCAGACCAUUUUCUAUACAGUCUGUGGUUUCUAACAGAAAUUUGGGCUGAGGAGGAAACAUCUGAGGGCUGCUUCCGGUGGAAAAUGGGUAAAAGACGCCCCCGAAAUAAUCAGUAGUGACAUGGAAACACUAAAUGGGAUUAAAAUUCUGGGGCCUUUUUCUACGAAGCAAUCUUUUCCUAAUCAGGCUAGGUGGCUAUCGUCUCGAUAAGUCAUCCUGGGGUUUAUCAGUCUAGGUAUGAGUAUGCUCACAUGAAAGAGCCAGGAUUUGACCACUCGUGAACGUGCACAGGUGUACUGGCAGCAAAUGCCGAUGGAAACAUGACAGCAGCAGAGUGUGAGAAGAAAAGAGCCGUAUGGUAGUAAAAUUCUGAAAACUCAGAGCUGUUCUAUUAAGACAGAAGAUUAUUUAGUUAUUCCUUUAAAUUAAGUUGUUUGGAUGCACGUACCACAGUCUCAGCCUUAUUCUUUCAUUUGCAGCCUGCACUGUU